AUGUCUACAACCUCUAUUGAAAAAGAUAUUGUUCAUCAAGAAUCUGUAUCUUUAGGCAAUCUGGAAGCUCAGCAAGAACAAAAGAAAACUCUCUUUCCUGUUCCUCAAACAACAGAAUUAGCAGAAUUUCAAAAGACUUUAGUAGGUCCUGCUAUCGGUUUUGCUUCAUUCGGUCUUUGUUCGUUUAUCUUGGGUAUCUAUAAUGCUGGCAUUGUUACAAAUCUACCUCAAGUCGCUACGGGUGUAGCCAUCUCCUAUGGUGCACUUGGUCAAUACACUGCUGCUGUGAUUGAGAUUGUCCACAAAAACACCUUUUCUGCUGCUUCCUUCUUUACAUUUGCCAGUUUCUUUCUUGCAUUUGGCAUCAUGAUGAUCCCUGGCGCUGGUUUCUUGGGUCCUGCAGCUGCAGCUGGUGAACUGGAAAUGUGUUUAGGCUUGAUUGAGAUUGGCUAUUCAUUUGCUGCCUUCAUCUUCUUCUUGGGCACCUUCCGUCAACCCGUCUUGGUGCGCAUGAUUUUGGGCCUCUCUACCUUGUCAUUCUUCUUCUCUGCUAUUAGUGCCUUUACUGGCAUCCUUGUAUUAGCAAAGAUUGGUGGUUGGUGCUCGUUUACUUUGGCCCUUGUUGCUUGGUACGCUUUAGCCGCCAUGAUUUACAAUGAAACAAACACAUUCAUUCGAGUUCCUUUCUUCUAA